AGAUGUUGAUUUUAUUCUAUAAUAGGAGUGAAAAUGACUACAGACCGUCAAUAAUAUUUUUCCAAGUUAAUUUUAUCAUUAAAAAUAUGUUGAUUUUACACAAAAUUUAUUUCAAAUUACUAUAAAGUUUGCAUUCAUUUUGUAUUGAAAUAUUAACAUAGUAUUAGUAUUAUCAUAUUUAACAUAUCUAUAUUAUGUUAAAUUAAUACAAAUAUUUGUGUGGGUCGUUUGGGACAUGCGACACAUGUUAAAUUUAAGCCAAAUUUUCCAACAAUAUUAUCUCGUUUUCUUCGAAGAAGUAAGAAAAAUUCUGUUCAUUAUCUUAUCGCCGAAAAUUUGCAUUGCGGCGCAUCGGUCGAUGACGCCGAAGUGCUGGAAGAUGUGAGGGUGCUAUCACGGAUGGGAGAAAGGGAGGGCGCGAUUUUCGGAAAGCGCGGUCGCGUCGCUAAAAAUAAAUGGGAUCCUCGUGUGUGCGUGUGCGCUGCUUGCUUUUAAACAUAGUUUUGGCAGGCAGAAACGUCAAACCGUCUCGGAGUAGCAAAGCGCGAGAAUCGUUUCGCAAAUUUCGAGAAAAGAGCGUCUCAAAGGUUUCUUGUUCCCCGCCGAAACGCGAUCAUCAUCUCAAAAAACCUCGGAAGGUCUCGUGUAAAUUUUAUUCCUUCCUGCUUUCUUAAGACAGUCGCGAUACCAAGUCUCGCUUCGUUAAUUAAAGGGAAAAGUAUGAAAGGUGCAUCGGAGAAGUUUGACAAGGAGAAUCAAAGGCUGAUGACGACAAUGCAAUCAGACGAUAAGAACACAGCCAACGUGCAGCAGGAAGAUGUGAUGUCAGCGGGUAAUAAAAGUGCGGACGAGGCUGUGAACGAUGCGCUGUUGGAGAAGCUCCGAACUCACGCGGCUAAACCGCAGGAGGCAGGCGACGCGCUCAGGGCGAUCGCGGCCAAGAUUCACGCACGUGUCACUUCGUCAGAUCGGCGGAUACGCGAGCGCGCGUUGGAAAAGCUCUGGCGCAAAAAUUCCGGUGUGAUGGAAUCGUUUAUUAUGACACUGGAGAACUGUAAGGAUCACGUUGUCAACUGCAGUAUCACUGGUAUACUUCGCGAAUGCAUAUCACCCCGAGUGUUCAAAGGCAAAUCCAAAGAGAAGGCGAGCAAGAACAAGAAUACCACAAGAACCAGUAGUCGCAUGGCGGUCAUUCAACUGAUCAACUUAGGUAUCACGCAAGUCCUAGUUAAACUUUUAAUUACUCUGCAACAUGCAGACACUAUCACGAGCGAAGUACUCACUCAAGACAUUCUCUGGAUUUUGGGCCAGGUGGCUCAAAGGGAUCAGAAAUUUGUGUCAAAAAUAAAAUUGCUCAACUCCGUAAAAGUGUUCCACGUGUUGUUAAAACAACAUUACAACAACAGCAAGACAUUAUUGUCGCUACUGUUGAUCAUCAAAACUCUUGCUAAAAAUUCUUUUUCCUUACAAACGCUAGUGAAAGACGGCAUUACUAGCACCUUGGAAAAAACAUUCGUCAGUGUCGGUUAUACGCCACACUUGAAGUUGAAGACAUUGUUAGAGUGCUUCAAACAUUUAACAGUUAAUAAACUUUGCUGCAACAAAUUCGUUAAAGUCGGGAUGGUAUAUCUGCUGAUGCGCAUCUUCGAAAGAUGGGAGAGAUUCGACGGGCAGAUGCGACUGAAGAUUUGUAAUCACGCUCUUAAUACGCUUCAGCAUCUCUGCAUUAUAAAAGCUGGAAGGAAGGCUAUCAAGUCGAACAAUGGCCUACAGCUACUGUACCGGUUUUGUACGAAUUGUCCAGAAGACAAGGCUUAUGACUGCCUGCUGUCGCGUAUCUGUGGGAUAAUCAAUCAGUGUCUGGAGAAGAGGGAGCUACCGGUACCCGAAAUGUCGCCCGCGAGAUUCGUUUUGCCCGAAGCGAAUGUCAGGGCGAACAGUGCUGAAAGCGGUAGCGACAUUGACAGCCAGGCGAACAGCGUGGCUUCCAACGGUAGACUAUACAGCGAUCUCGAUUCCGGCGAUGAUGAGGAAAGCCAUGACUCUAGGAAUAUGAUGGAUAAUGCGAUUCACGUGGGCGACGAGGUGGACGAGAGCAAAUUCUUCGCUGGAGUCUUUACCACGCAGAGAUCUGAAGAGGAUCUCGUUGGAUACCAUACGUUCUUCAAGGAAUUGGGCAGUUUGCGAUCACAAUUGCGCAUCGCCGGGUUGUCAAACAUCAAGCUAACCGAUCUUUGUUUGGUAGAGGAUGAUCGGAUCAGCUCUCAGCUCACGAAGAACGGAAAGGCUUUGAUCAAAGACUUUUCAAAAUCUAACGGUGCGGUAAAGGACCGAAUCACAAGCGACACGCAUGGUUUGAAGAUUUUACAAGACGUGUCGACAAACGUCACGGAUCGACAAGCGUAUUGCGCUGUGGCGAGCAAGGUGAGAAGCAUUAUCGGUUUCGUCAAGGUCGCCUAUCCGGACCUGAUCGGUGGCGACGGUUUGGGGAAAGCCGAGCCGCUCAACGCCAAAGAUAGGAAAGUUUGUCGUGCAAAACUGCUGACCUGCGUGGAACGCGGCCUCCACGCCGCCACCACCGUCCAAGAAGUCGUCUACGAUCUCGACGCUCUCGCAAAUACCGCUUCCCGGCGAACGUCGAACGAUGAGCGGCUUCUCGGCAAUUGGGAUGAGAACAAGAUCGUCAGCAAGCACAACUCGAUGCACGCGAGACAGUUGCAGUUCGAGUCUAGAUUCGAAAGCGGAAAUCUAAGGAAAGCUAUUCAGAUAGACCAGCGAGAGUACGACCUCAUCCUCACGCCGGACGUCAACAGCGGUUCCAGGCAUCAAUGGUUCUACUUCGAGGUCUCCGACAUGGAGGCGAACGUGCCGUACACGUUCAAUAUAAUCAAUUGCGAGAAGGCCAACUCGCAGUUCAAUUUCGGCAUGAAACCGAUAUUGUUCAGCGUCACGGAGGCGCGAUGUGGCAGACCGGGUUGGGUGAGAACCGGCGUCGACAUCUGCUACUAUCGGAACUGUUACCAACGACCUGCGAAAGGGAAGACGUAUCUGACAACGUCCUUCACGGUCACGUUUCCGCACACGCACGACGUCUGUUAUCUGGCGUACCAUUUCCCGUACACGUACAGUCGGCUGAUAACCAACAUCUGGAAGUGGACGAGGAGCGUCUCCGCGAAAAACAUGUACUUUCGCGCGGAGACACUCUGCGAGACCUUAAACGGCAACGAGAAUCCCGUGCUCACCAUCACGUCACCGGAUUCCCAGACCAAUCCUAUACAAAAUCGAAAGAUGAUCUUCUUAACGUCCAGAGUGCAUCCUGGUGAAAGUAACGCGUCCUGGGUGAUGCAUGGAACCAUGGAGGCUCUUUUAAGCGACAGCCAAUACGCCAGCAGUCUACGUGACGAUUAUGUGUUCAAAAUAAUUCCUAUGCUAAAUAUAGAAGGAGUCGUGAACGGCUGCAAUCGUUACGGUCUGACGAACGAGGACCUGAAUCGACGCUGGAGCAAUCCCAAUCAGGUGUACCACCCGGUGAUCUAUCACACCAAGGGCCUGAUGGAGUACUGCGCCAGGGUGCUUCAGAGGCCGCCCCACGUUUUCGUCGACUACCACGGCCACUCGCGAAGGAAGAACGUGUUUCUGUUCGGUUGUUCAAGGUCGGGUUCCUGGAGCGCUGCUGACAAGGCGAAACCGGACCAGCCGGUGCAGUAUUUGAUGUUACCGCAUCUCAUGCAGAGGACCUCAUCGGCUUUCGCUCUGCCACUCUGUUCCUUCAAGGUUGAGAGGAAUAAAGAAUCCACCGCCAGAGUCGCUGUAUGGCGGCAGUUGGGUGUCUCGAGAAGUUACACGAUGGAGAGCAGUUUUUGUGGAUGCGAUCAAGGCACAUUGGCCGGAUUGCAUCUCGAUACAGGACAUCUUAAAGCCAUUGGGACAGACUUUUGUCAAGCUCUAUCCAUGAUGAAGGACGGCGGUGACGAUUGGGCUGUCGGAAACUCGACGGAACAGGCCUGUUGCCCGAGAAAGUGCGUCUUACGAAAAUCGCGGAAGAUUCCAAAAUGUAUUCAGGAUAAACACGCUAUACAUCAUACUACGGCACUCUCUUAGCAAACGAGAUAAUUAAACAAUUGCGAUUCUAAGAAUUCCUAUGGAAGGACAUCUCCUCGAGGAGACAGGCUGUAUAGAUGAUGAAGAAUGUUCUGAUAGCGAAUCUAAUGAAUCCGAUUUUCAGACUUAGAAAGUUCCGCACUUUAGUCAAGUAUCAGAGCAAUUACGAAAUUCAUUAUUCAAUUGUCCGCACAUAAAACUAAAAAGUUGAUAUAAAGAUUAUAUACAUUUCUAUUCUAAUAAUAUAGCACCAAGUGUGUUGCACUUUACAAAGGGAAACAUAUCUUAAACAACGUUCAUUUAAAACUGGUAACAAAGUUUAACCGCUACCUCUUAUGAAAAUACUAUUUAUGUCGCAAAGCAUAUUUGUACGUAUUUUGAAAAUUGAAUAUACUUUGCAAAUCGAAUUUUACUGUAUAAAUAAAAUUAUGCGCUAUAGAUUUAAUACGCGUGAGAGGGCUACUUAAGUUAGUUAUACAUGGCUGCGUACAAUUAUUUAACUAAAAAAAAAAAAAAAUAAAAUUUAGGUAUUUGAUAUAUAUUAUUUAAAAAAAUCAUCAUUUAAAUAAUAAUAACAUAUAUAAAAUUUUAUAUAUUUGAGAAAUUUGAACAUGAAAAAAGCAAAUAUUAAACGAUAUCAAAGAUAAAAUAAGGGAGUUGUAUCAUACAUUCCCUCAUAUUGUACCUCGCUCUAUACUUUGUAUACUUAUCGUAUAAAUAUAUAAAUAUAGUAAAUAAAUGUUAUUGAACUCUGAUUACCUGUAGGUUUACGAGACUUCGCCCUGAUCCGGUUAUCUGUAUUCAAAUACGGAUUACGAUAUCUUAAGUUCUUGAUGAGGCCUUAUAUGUGUAUCAAUAUAACAUUGAUUGCAAAUUUUAUAAUGAUAUGAGAAUAAUCUGAACAAUAAUCGCACAGUAAAAGAAUUUAGAAAAUCAAUAAAUUGUUUUUUAAUAAUUUAGAAAAUAAAAAACUAGUUUAUGUACUAAUGUAAUAGUCUCAAAAUUUAUUUUAUUUUGCUUAGAUGUGCUGAGUAAUAUUGGCAUAAAUGGUUAUCUUGUAUCACGUAAUAGUGCAAUUUUAAAUUAAUUAUAAAUACAAUUAUGAAAAAUAUUGCAACAUAGUAUUACCAAUAGACUAAUUUCAAUCAAAACUCAAAAUUUGAUGACAGGUAAAAUAUAAAUUACAAUCUGAUUUUACAUCUCUAUAUUGCAAGAUUCAUGAUGAGAUCGCUUUUUCUAUCUGAAGCUGUUUUUUUAAUUAUUCGUCAAGCAAAUUGGAAAAUCUUAUUCUUGGUAUAAGAAUUUACCUCAUAAUUAAGCAUAAUCAGUCAUGUAAUGCUCGUAUAGUAUACUUGUAUAUGUCAUUUUAAAAUCGAGCACAGUUAUCGUCAUCGAAAGUCGGCGAUACGUUGCAAAGAGCAAAUAUAUUACAAAACGACAUUUUGGUAUAGUCGUCUUAUAAGGGUUGGGAAUGAAUGUAUUUCAUUACAAAUAACGAGUACAUCUAAUGAUAAAUAUGUAAAUUUUGAUAAUAGAGGAUUUUUUUUAAUGCUCUACUGCUCGCAGAUUAAAUUAUUUAAUGGCAAUGUCGUCGAUAAAACUACAAUAAAAAUUGUGCUCUGUAUAAUAUUAAUUGACUAAAUUAUAUUGUACGUGCAAAAAAUUGCGCGCUACGUCUGCGAAUUAAUUAAUUAAAG